AUGACUUCUAUGGUGAACCGCGACGUGCCGCGAGAGACCCACGGAUCGGCAAUGGAGCAGCUAAUUGAGUCUCUGGAGAGGAAACUACAGAGGCCAUUGCUCGCCAAGUCGCGGACCUUACCCAGCAUCCCGCAGUCCCCCACUGUGUCCAGAGGGCCCUCUGAUCUGAUCAGCAGGAGUCCUCCUCUGAGAAAGAGCCCCUCCACAGAGAGCCAGGGCAAGGCCUGCACACUGCCCCCUGCAGGUAACACACACCAGCUCUGUUCACAAACUGUGUUUGUCUGA